AGGGCAGAGGCGUUCCUUAGGGUUUCCCAAACUUUUCUCGUCAAUUUCAAAUCAACCAGUCGAGUUCAGAGUCGAGUCCAGACUGCCAGAUGAGGAAACGGGUUUCUAUAUCACCCUAUCAAAUUUGGAUUCUUAUUUCUUCUAAACAGACCAGCGGCAACGAUCUCAAGGAACCAUUUCCAACGGACGGACAUUUGAAAGAAGGUCCAAGAUGUCCAACAUAAAACUAAUCAAGAAAAUAGGUCAGGGAGCCUUCGGAACAGUCUACUUGGGAGACAGGAGAGGGAGGAAAUGUGCCGUGAAGGUGGUGAAGUUCGGGGGAGUUCCCCAGAAAAUCGUUGAUGACGCAAUCAAGGAGGGGAAAUUGCUCGAACAUCUGCAACAUCCAAACAUCGUCACUUGUUUAGGAUGUUAUGGUGCGGGAAACACUGCAAUAUCCGAGAUCCACAUUGUCAUGGAAUAUUGUGGAGGCGGAGACCUGCACGCCAACAUCAAACAGCAAAGGGCUUCGGGACAACACUUCCCUGAAAGACAAGUCAUCGGGUGGUUUUUGGACGUCGUCAGGGCUGUUGAGGCAAGUCCCUAUUCAUAUCGUACUGAAGGUAUUUUGCAACAUCCUUACGACACCUAG